GCGUCGCUGCUGGCCGGCCGACCUGGGCAGAAAUAGAAAGCCACGGCUGUUGCUUGGUUAGUUUGGUGCGGGAGACGGCUGCUUCUUCUCUGCAUUUACAGGAUUUAAGCCCUUAACAGUUAACUUUAGCGUAAAUACUUCGCUGAGUAACUCACAAGACAAUGAAUGGUAAGUCAACGAACGGUUCGUUGGGGGGAAUGGCCUGUAUCGAGGGUCUGCCCCCCCUGCCGAAGAGUCUGAGCGGCUUGCUGAACUCGAGCGGCGGCUCCUGGAGAGACAUGGAGAGGAUGUACGUAAAGAAAACCAUGAUCCAGGACGAUCUGAGCCGAGGCAGGAACAACGCCGACAACCUGCUGGCCAACAAGCCGGCCAACCUCGACGCUGCUCUGGCUCUCCUGCGGAAAGAAAUGGUGGGUUUGCGUCAGCAGGACAUGUCCCUGCUGUGCCAGCUGUGGUCGCUCCACGAGUCGAUCCAGGAGUACAAGGGCAGCUGCCAGGACCUGAGCGCCGCCUCCAGCCUCAGCAUGAUGGAGAACGGCUACUUCGACGAGGAUGACGAGUAUUACCCGGAGCCUGGCGCCACUCCCACCGGGGAACAGCCGGAUGGAGAGCUUGGAGAUGGGAUGGCAACAAUGGCAGCGGACAAGAACGGGAGCAUCAUCGGCAAAGACGACAGCUGGGACUCCUUUCACAUUACCAUCUGAGGCCUCAUUCUCAACUUUUUUUUUUUUUUUUUUUUUUUUCUGCAGAUGGAUACAUAUUUUGGGGGUGAAAGACUUGAGUUGCUCAGAAAGCCUUUUGGCCUCCAAGAAGGAACUGGUUGAGUAGGGGGUAGCAGUUUGGGCUAUGGAAUUACCAUAAUAGACUCCAGUUUAACUUCAGCUCCUCCUCAGAUGAAACACACCUCUGCUUAUGCUGCAGAAGGUUUAUUAUUUUAAAUUUUUUUUGCAGCGUGACCAGGAGCUUCAUCAGACUGCAGAGACGAGAGGUUUUGACAAGCAGCUUGCUGACACUCUCUCAAACUCAGGAGUUGAGAUGGAUUGUAUUCCAAGACUCUAUAUACUCAAAAUAUAGGCAAUAUAUAUUAGUUCUUUUUAUGAACAGCUCUGCUGCUGCUGCUUCUAUAUCAAGUGGUUUUGCUAGCCAGUCACCCUUUUUUGGCAGAACCUUUUUUACAUAUAUAAAAAUAUAUGAACAAAGUUGUAUUUAUUAUAUAAUAUAAAUAACAAAAUUUCCUGUUACUCUCUACUGAUGUUUUGUACGGCAACUCUAAGUACAAGGGUGCAGCAUUUACAGGUUGGGAAUCCCAGAAAUUGGAUGGGACUUCUGAACUGGUGAAAAAAGACGAUUGGCUGUGUGGACAUGCCGAUGGGAGACGGUGGUGUGUUUGUGUGUGUGUGUGUGUGUGUGUGUGUUACUUUUAAAUGGUGAAAUAAUUCAUUUAUAAAUCCAGAAGGUCGGGACAGAUGUUGUCAGACCUGAAGAACGGAGAAAAGUCUUCAUACCUGGCUCACAGUGAAAACAUGCUUGAAAACCGAGUGAGGUUUGGUACAGGAGCGAGGGCUACACUUUCUGCCUUUUUCAAAAUGCUCUAAAAUGUAAAAUCUUCAAAAUGCUGAAGACGGAUUUAACCUGAACUUUCAAAGCAGUUGGUGCUUGGACUCAUUACGGGCAACUUUGACGCGUCACUGUUUUAUGACUGGUUGGUGUAAAAGGCCCAGAUGGUUUCGAUCUGGCAAAUUAUGUUUUCUACUCUGCUGUGGGUAAUCCCUUUCAAGAUGCAUUAGCUGAGCAUAAGCCCAGUAAUUACAACUUGGGUCUUGUUUUCAUAGUUAUGGCCAUCGUUGCUAUAUAACAAGUUAAUUGCUCCGAGAUCUGAAAGUCAGACAGGGGAAGUAACAUGAGCAGUUAAGUUGCCAUGGGCAAUAUCAUCAUAACUGACAGAAACGAUUAUGGAAAUUGUAAUCAACAUACAACAACAGCCAUGUGUAGCAAGUGCUUACUAGCCAGCAUCGGUUGAAAAUAAUUAGGAAAAAACAGGAUCAAAUGAGUUAUUCAGCCAUUUCCCACAUAACCAGGUUUGAGACUUUUCUUCUUAAUAUACUAUGCAUAUAAUAUAUAUGCAUAUCCAUUGACCAAUGAAUGAAAGAACAUACAUCUGAUUGGCUCGUAAUGGUCAGUAUAGUUUUUUUGUCCGAACAGAAUUGUUCUCUGGUCAUUGUGGCUUUCAGUGUUGCUCGCAGCGUAAACCGCUUUCAGGUCUUAACUUGGUAGCAACUAUCAGCUGAAUACAGGGUACCUUUUAUUAUACUUUGUAUCCUACAUAAAACUAAUCUUAUCCUAACAACAUAUACUCAGCAGCAUCUAGCAGGUACCUGGAGUUACACUAUACUGUACAUGGGCUCGACACCAGGCUGAACAUUAUUUAAGACACGUCCGAGGGAUGUCAUGGAUUUUUAUUAACAUGUCAACAUACCUGGAAAGCUUCUACGUGCUGUUUAAGCCUCAUCCUAAAACCGUAGGAUGGGAAGUGUAAAAGUAGAUGGGAAGUUUCCGUUACUAGACAAUACUGGUCACUAACAAGAUUGGGUUACACUUUACUUGAAGGUAUCCACAUAAGAGUGACAUGACACUGUCAUGAACGUGUCGUAAACA